AAAAAUACCUACAAGAAGCUAACUGUAAUUAUAUUCCUUUCCAAAAAACACUCUUCCAAUAUAAAAGUGAUUAGGAAAAAAUUGUCAAAAUUGUCCAACGAAACUAAGGCAACACCAUAUACCAUUGGUUUUGAUUAAAAAUGCAACAUUAUCAACAUUUAUUAGUUUUCAUUAUUGUGCUUCGGUAGACGUAAGUUUAGACAUAAUAUGGUAUGAAAUAACUAGUUUGGAUUUGCAGUCAGAAAUCAUAGACAUAAAGAAAAGUAGGGACUAAACAGAUGCAUACAGAUAAAUAAAAAAUUGUUGAGUUGAAUGUGGAAGCUGUGGGCAAAUUCAUAAUUCUUCUAGAAAUAUGGCUGCAAAUUUAACACCCGAUCAAGAAAACGCGACAAAAGAGUUUCUCGAAAAAGUAAAUGCCAAAUAUCGACGAAAAAUCGGUCCAAUAUCGUGGUCUACAGCAGUGAGAUUUUUGUUCGCUCGUAAAUUCGACGUUGCCAGAGCUCUUGCUUUAUUUGAUCAACAUGAGAUAACUAGACAACGUGAAGGCCUAACGAAUUUUGAUCCCAAGAAUGAACCACUCAAAUCUGAAUUGCUCACAGGAAAAUUUACAAUAUUGCCGAAGCGAGACUCGGCCGAUGCCGCCAUAGCUGUGUUCACUGCUCAUAAGCAUUUACCCUCAAACAGUACGCACCAAACGACUUUACAGGGUGUUGUAUAUCAACUGGAUUGUGCCUUGAAAAAUUCAAUGACCCAAAAGGCUGGUAUUGUUUUCAUUUACGAUAUGUCGAAUUCUAAAUACUCGAAUUUCGAUUAUGAUUUAUCACAAAAAAUAUUAACUCUUUUGAAGGGUGGCUAUCCUGCCAAAUUAAAAAAGGUGCUAAUCGUUACUGCACCUCUAUGGUUUAAAGCGCCAUUUAAAAUUCUUCGAUUAUUUGUUAGAGAAAAGUUACGGGAGAGGGUAUACACAGUAUCAGUGGCUCAAUUGUCGAGUCAUAUCCCUAGGGAAUCUCUACCCACCCAACUGGGAGGCUCCCUAGUCCUGGACCAUAAUGGAUGGCUGUCGCACUGUGUACUGUCAAUGACUAGUACCAGACCAGAAUCACCGAUUUCAAAUUAUGAAGGUAAAACGCCGUCGCCCCAGAAACGUACAUCUGCCCCAAGCGACAUUGAUAUAUCUGGAUCUGGAAACGGCGUCGAUAGUUGGGCCGAAGAAGCGAACCUGAAUCCUCCAAGUAGCGCUUCCAGUGGUUUCUCUGAUGAUGAUUCUCUUCAUGGAGAUGGAGCCGCUCUGACGGCGAUGCAAUUAGUUGAUUACGUUAGAGAUAGAGGACGAUCUGGCUUGAUGCAGGAGUACGCCGAAAUCAGGUCUAGACCUCCCGAUGGAACGUUCAACAUAGCCAAAUUAAAAAAUAAUUUACCCAAAAACAGAUAUACCGAUGUGCUGUGCUACGACCAUAGUCGAGUUAUUCUUUCCGAAUUGGAUAAUGAUAAAGAUAGCGAUUAUAUUCAUGCCAAUUUCGUAGAUGGGUAUAAGCAAAAAAAUGCCUUUAUCAAUACGCAAGGGCCCUUGGCAAAAACAACUCCAGACUUCUGGCGUAUGAUAUGGGAGCAACACGCGUUGCUUAUAGUAAUGACAACUAGAGCCAUGGAAAGGGGGAGGCCGAAAUGUCAUCAAUACUGGGAACCUGAAGUGGGAGGAGAAGUUACCUACGGACAAUUUCUGAUUAAAACUGAGGCUGUAGAAACUGAUAAGGACUAUACCGUAACCACUAUAAAUUUAACAAACAUAAAAACCGAGGAAACUCGUGAAGUUUCUCAUUGGCAAUUCACUUCUUGGCCGGAUUAUGGAGUUCCUCAUUCGGCAAAAGCCAUGUUGGAAUUUUUGGAACGUGUAAGAAGAAAACAGGCCAGUAUGGUAGUUUCUUUAGGUGAUACUUGGGCAGGUCACCCUAGAGGACCGCCUAUUGUUGUGCAUUGCAGUGCAGGUAUUGGCCGUACAGGUACAUUCUGCACUCUAGACAUUUGUAUCUCCAGAUUGGAAGAUGUAAAUACUGCUGAUAUCCGAGGUACAGUAGAGCGGAUAAGAUCACAACGAGCCUAUUCCAUCCAAAUGCCUGACCAGUACAUAUUUUGUCAUUUGGCUCUUAUAGAAUAUGCACUUAUGAAAGGCCAUCUUCAAACGGCCGAUCUCACUGGUUUCGACCAAACCGCCGAAGAGGAUUCCGAUUAAGAAAACGAAGGAUGAGAACAGAAUUUAGGUGUACAUUUUCUUUAACUUUUUCAAUGGACCAUGCACCUGGUUACUUUCCACUAAUUUGUAAUUGACAAGAAAAGUUGAAGAUUUUAUUUGGUGGCUUUUUUUAUCCAGCCACUUAGAUUGUUAUUAGAGAAAAAUCCUGGAUUUCUGCCAGUUAUUAUUUAUUAAUCCUACAUGUAGUUAUUAGAAUUUUAAAAAAAUAUUUAAAGUUAAUGGUCGGUUAAUUUUCGUUUAUCUAGAAACUAAAGUACAAUAGAAAUAUGUUAUAAAAUUGAAAAUAUUGUCGUUUUAUAAUUAGUGCUUUCAAAUGGACCUAAAAAAAUGAAUGAACAUGAAAAUAAGUUUUAGCUAAAAACUGUAAGUCUCCCAAUGAAUAUCGCAACAUGUAUGGCACAGAGGGGUGAAAUUUGCUUCAUUAUGUAACGCGAAAACUUUGGAUAUUAUUCUGUUGAAAGGUGACGAAAAUUUUUUUUUCAAAUCUCAUUAAAAUCUCAGAUUCUUUAACUCAUUUAUCAAACUAAAAGCUUGGUUUUUAUGAUAGUGUUGUUACUGGCUACUGCCCACAGCAGGGAUGGGCAAAUACUUUUAAGCCCGGGCCAAAAUGAAUUUUUUUUUUUUUUGAUAAAAACACUAUAAGUAUCAUUUUAAAGGAUUCGGACAGAAAAAUUUGACAAUUAAUAAAAGAUAAUAGUAAUAAUAAAUUGUCUUACUUAGGUGUAUAUGCGACAAAUUUGUGCCCAGUUAAAUAUGUUACGUAAUUUUUGAAGAAAUAUGAUCAAUUAUAUUAAAUUAAUGGUUAUUAGAUGAAUUAGUUGAUGAAAGAUUUUAUUUUGAUGUUUAUUCAUAUCUUAAAGAUACAAAUUGUUUUAUUUUGAUCAUAGUUAUUACAUUUUUAUAUUUUAAUAACAUUUUGUAAUUGUAAUAGUGAAAAGAAUUAAAAAAAGAAAAUAACAAAGAUGAAACGUUGAAAAAGAAUAGUUUUAGUUAAUGCGAAACGUGAAAUCUCGAAUAUUAUUUCUUCAAAAUUUGGAUCGAAAUCACUUGUAGAAAUCCUUAAUACCGAGUGUAAAUUUUCUUCAAUAAUUUGUAAGCGAUAUUUAUUUUUCGUAGAAAUCAUUAACAAAAAAUACACUGCCGACAGAAAAUUUCUGGAAAAGAUUAAAAUUUAUUAAAACAAUGAAGUAAUGCUACAAAACAAGAAAAUUUACUUACCUUCAAAGUAAUAUAAUUAUGUGGCGUCAAUGAAUACAUAAAAUAGGCAAUCUUCGGAAGUCCUCAAGAACAGCUCCGAUUUUGAUGUUUUUUUUUUAAGUUUGUUUUUUUAUAUUCUUUAAAAUCAGAAACCUCUUGGAGUGGAGACGGAACUACUUAUCUUGUUUAAACAAUAUCUGUGAUAUUUAUGCACAAAAAAAUUUCUACUAUACAAUAUCAUACUUGUAAAUAUAUUUUAUGAAUGUUAUAAACAAUUACCUAUAAGUUUGUUCUGUGUAGUAAUGACAUGGAAUUAAUUUGUGGACCAAAAUAUAAAUUUUUUAUUGACCAUAGAAAAUUCAUUAUUUUAUAUAUAAAACAAGUACAUUUAAUUUUCAUUCUCAUUUCGCGUUUCGGAGACUUCUUCAUCUUCUUCAAGUGGUGGGUGGUACUGCAGUCAUUUCCACUGAACUGCAUCCUGUUUUGCAAGAGCAAAAUAUCAAUUUUAAAACGUUGUUAGGUGCUGUAGGUUGUGUCAUUUUGAUCUGUUUUAAAUAAUUCACAGUUGAAAUUUUUGCAAAAUACAUAUCAGAUCUUCUAGCAUUAUGGUUUUGUUUGUAUGCUUUAAAAUCUUCUUUACUUAGCUCUUGUGAUAAUCUACUCAUUUUUUGUAAAUAAAUUUCACUACAUUUCGCAUAAGGAAAGUGUCUUGCAGCAUGGAAAAAUCGUAUCAUUAACUCUGCAGUUUUUAAAUGUAAGUCCCAAUCUCCCAUCCUCUCUGCAGCUAUAAGAACUUUGAAAAGUGAUACCAUAUGGAAGUACGUAAUCCACAAUUUACAUGUCUUUCCCCUUUAUUCAAAUUCAAGUAUUUUAUUUUCUAUCUCAUUAUAAUUAAAAGAAUAAAAUAGUGAAGAAUCUUUAAAACCUUUUCAUUAUUUUUCAGCUCUUCAAAAAUGAUUUUUGAAAGUGCUUACUGUACUAAACUGUGAGCACGCAUGGCUCUUGAAUAAUUAUGUCCUGAUAACAUUGCCGAGGUUGUAUUAAAUUCUCCGGGGUUAUAAUACUAAUUCCUCCAAGAUUAUGGAAAGUUCCUGUACCAGUCAAAGUUGCGGUAUUAAAAUCUGCAUUGUCAAAAAUGGACAAAUGGAUUAUUAUUUAGUACAGCAGAAUCUUGAUAAAGUGCUGAAGCUUCAUAUAAUUGUACUUCAUGAUGAGAUGAACAGAAACCUAAAGCAUGACAUAGUUUAUGACUUUUCUGGAGUCAAAUUUUCUGUGUAAUGUUACAUUCAAGCCAAUUUGAAGGGGUGAUAAAAAAUAACGUGGUUUCACACCAGACAAUUGCUUGUGCGAUUGAUGUUUUUUUGUCAAGUUUAUUAUCAGACCUUGAAUUCUUUCAUCAGGUAGGGACUACCUAAGCAACAAAAAGGUCAAUUUCCUAUUGUACAAAUAGUACCUAUACCUCACAAAGCUUUCUAAUGCAAAAUUAAAUAUUAUAUACAUAUAUAUAUAUAUAUUAUAUAUUAUUGAUAUAUUAAGAAAAAUAUACUAAAGAUAUUUUCGUCCACAUAUGUGUAAGCAAAAAGAAGUAUUUGUAGCGUAUGCAGGUAACACAUGUUUAUUUUAUUUUAAUAUUAAAUUAUUGUUAAAAACUUUUUUGUAACAACUAUUUGUUACAAUAAGAUUAAUAUAUGGAGAUUUUUUACAAAAAAAUAGAGACCAAACUGAAUUUUUCAUAUAAGUGUCAUUGAUAUUGUUUAAACAAUAUAAAUAGUUCCGUCCCCGCUUUAAGAGGUUUUUGAUUUCAAAUAUAAAAAAAAAAUUAAAAAAAAAUUCAUCAAAAUCGUAGCUAUUCUUGAGGACUUCAGAAGCAAAGCUUCAUUGACGCGACUAUAAGGAUGACGAUUUUAUUUUGUUUUCCACAAACAGGGACAGGGACGAAAGACACAGUUCGUAAACGAACAUAGUGUUUUCGUUAUAGAUCAAGUUAACGUGUUUAUGUAUCAUAUUUCAAUUAAAAAAUAAACAAAAAGCUUGUCCAGAAACUUUCCAGCCACCAUAGAAAACACUCGUUUUAGUGAAAAUUUUCUUUGAAGAAGAUACCAGAAUCCUAGGAAUAGUAGACUGGAGAGCAAAAUUCAAAAGCAGAAAAGAAUGAAGAAAACUGACAAACGAGGUCAGAAUCUACAAAAAAUUACAACAAGGGAAUAAUCCACCCCAAUAAAGGGAUAUGUAGACGCCCCAAGCGUUAGCCAUAAUCCAAGAGAUUAAACAGCAUGAUGAUGAUAUUAUAAUUUCAUUAGUCACUUCAAGAUCACCAAUUUUUGAAUAUUUAUUGAUAAGUUCCAUAAAAAACUUAUUAAAUAUUACUCUAGCAAAACAGGGCACUAACUAUCAUAGAGCUGUUUAUCUGAUCUGAUUUUUAUUGUUUUAUUUAAAAAGAUACAGAAAUCCCGGAUUUUACUUGAAAGAUUCUAACAUAUCGCUUAACUGUAAUUUCAUAUAUUUUAGUAUAUUUCAUUCAAGACGAUGUAAAUUUCAUAUUCAUUUUAUAUGUGUAAUCAGUAUAUGAUUCACAUCUUGAAGAAAUAUAUCAAGAAUAUAAGAAAGCAGUGCAGCGUUAUUCUAGCGCAAAAGUUUUUUCCCAAUAAUUCUGAUGAGUCGUUCCAUCUAAAAAAAUCACUGUUUUUCAUAAUUGAACUUAGCAUUCUCACAUAUUAAAGUGUUUAUUCAUUUGAACACACUGUUUACACUACCACUACACCAACACUCAUAAUUCACUGUCUUCCAAUACUGAAGGUAAACAGUUUAUCUUCAGUCUUUGAAGACGAUAAUUUGUUUAUCGAAACGCUAAUAUCAGACAGUGUAAUUUUUUAUUAUUGGUGAAGUGGUAGCGUAAACAGUGUGUUCAGUACGAAUAUCACCAAUGUUUCCAGAUAUUUCAACUUAGUUGCUUCUUCAUUUGAUUAGUAAUGAUUAUUCACUUAUAUUAUCUACCGACAUCUGUAGAUCAAUAGGGUGUUAGGAAGAAAGCUAAUAAUGUAAAAAAUUACAUUGUAUAUGUUAAAUUUACUUGAUAAUCAAUAAAACCCAUCCUAUUUAUGCUAAUUUUAAAUUAUAGUUAAACCAUAAAUGAUUGACAGUUUAUAAUUUAUUCAACAGGGCUUGGUAUGUAGAAAAAAAAUCUCAUGGUCAAUUCCUUCCUACCAGGUCCUUGAGGGUCGUUUCUAUUUAGCGGUUAAUAUAUCAAUGCUUUCUUCGGCCACCUGUUCUACUCCAUCCUCAUCACAUAUCCGUACCAGAGCAGUUGCUUAGUCUGUAUUCUCUCUGAAGUCGUAUAUCUCUGUUCUUGAUAUUUUGCACGAUCUUCUCAAGUAGUCUAUUUCCACAUCUCCUAUCUAUCCAUCAGUUGCCAGCACUCUCAUCCACAUCUUUGUGCUUAACUUACUUUUUUCUGACCAAAAAUUUUAGUAGCUUUUUUCUUUGUGUUACACUCACUAUUCACAUAACAUUAUUUACCAUAAAAUUUUUCAGUUUUAUAGCACUAAUAGUGCAAUAUAAAAGAUUUUAGAAUUUUUUGAGUUAUGACAUUAUUUCAGCGGAGGUGCGAUAUGUAAUAUACAUUAUUUUGUAUUUAUUUUCAGAAUUUGAUGAACCUUUAAUACAAAUAUAACGAAAUAGUUUUGUUAACCAAUAAUUCUAACGAUUAUUUUUAACAAUAAACUAAAAGUUAAUAGUUUACCUGUUUACAAAACUAUUUCCAAAGCUGACGUUCGAAAACUAUAUACCUGGAUCAGUUUUAUACAUACAUACAUACGAAAUAAUCGGGUGGAAAUAUAUCGAACGAAUAAAUAAAAAAAUAACUCAGUACCUAUAUAUUUUUUAUGUUAUCGAGAAAUAUUUAAAAGUCAGAAUAGUGGUGUAAUUUAUACUGUGAAUAGUACAAAGUGUUGACUUAUUUUGCCUGGAAUAUAUUUUUUAUUCGAUACAUUUCAUACACUUGACCUUAUUAUUUUUCUACGACUUUUGUUUCGUUAAUUGAAACAUUAUUUUGUAUAUUGAAUUUUAUAUCAUUUACAAAAUUGGGAUAGUCUUUAAUGCGGAGACCAUAGUAAAUGUAAACUUUAUUUUUGCUACAAACAGGGGCGACCUAAAUAGAAUUAAAUAAAUUAAUAGAAGACUAUUAAGUUGUGCAUAUUUAUUCUAUAUAAUUCUAAUCUACUAUUUAUUCAUCCUUGUUGAUUGAUGGAGAGGUAAACAUUAGAAUAACGUAUAAGAAAAUUCUAUAUCCUUUAGUAAACUAGAACAUUUUUAUUAUAAAUUCUGUUUUACAUGUUCUAUUAUACAACACAAUUUUUAAACACUGGAGAAAAUGGUGUGUUAAAAUCACGAACCCAUAAGGCUCAAAAUUGAUGUGUUUCGGUCGUCGGAUAAUAUCAUCCGUAUAGUAAUUUGCUACAUAAUCUUCUCAUUAAAAUAAAAACAAAUUAUGUUAUUACCACAAACCCUGUAGGCUAAAAAAUGACAUAUUUAGGUAGUUAGCAAAAGCGUCACUUUCGUAAUGCGCGGUAUAAAUAUUCGUGGUAAACGGGUCAAAAGGAUUUUAAAGUGUUAUAAGUCGACUUCAUUGAUAGCCCAGAGAUUAUUUGUUUGUAAUUACUUUGUUGGUAAUAUGUAUAUUGUUAUAAUUUUGAAGUUUUGUUAAACUUUUUUUUGGCGCCUCUGAUUGUAAGCAAAGAUUCGAAUGAUUUCAAAAUGUGUGUCGUGCGUUUUUUACAUAGUUAAAUGAUAAUAAUUCAGUAUAGAAUAAUUUCAAUUCGUGGAAAAAUAUACCAGAAAAGAAAUACUAGUUUUUUCAUUUUUGGAUACAAAUAUUUUGUUUUUCAACAUUCAAUUACUAAGUAUUCCACUUGUUUAUAUAUAAAGAUAGAUUAAUAAGAUCGUUGUUAUUCAAGUUCCUGUGAAAUGUGAUUUUGUUUUCAUUUGAAAUCCAAAUUUAAUACCAGUGGAAAGGAAAAGUAUAAAUAUAAGAUAAUAAACGAAAAUAACCUAUAAGAGAAACCAUCCAAUUUAAUCGGGAAGUUAACAUCCUUGUACCAAAUGGAGACAAAAUCGUAAUACAAAAAUUUAUUCUACUAUGUAUAAAUAUUCCACGAGCCAACGGUUUUUUAAAUUUGUAAAUAAUUGUUUUGAAAAUGUGAUCGAGAAACGUGUUUUGUGGUUAGUACGUGAUUCAGUUAAUAGUAUUGUUUAAAGCUAUUUUUCUAGGAUAUUCACUCUAGAUUAUUCAUUAGAAUAUUUUUAAAUCAAUUUCCAACAUAUCUUCCUACCUGUGGGUCUGUUUUUCAUUCAUAAAUUUUAACAGAAAGAAUGCGCAAAGUAAAAAAAAAUGAAAGCAACGACCGAUUAACGGAUACCGUCCUUUAAUGUAUAAAAUUGUUUAGGAUUGGAAAACACCGAUUUUAUACGACAGAUACAGGAAACAAUGUCUUUAAAACAUUAUUUUCUAUACUAGUAUGUUUUAUAAUCUAUUCUUUUUCUUUUCUAUUUAGAUGAACACGAACAAUUUCAAAACAUUAGGUUUUAAAAUAAGUUUUUUUUAAUAAUUUUUGCGAGAAAGAUAAAAUUUAACAAAAUAUUUAGAUAAGAAAAGUUGAAACGUCAAAAUAUUUUGAUAGAGGAACGUUGCCUAAUUUUAGAUACUUUUUUUAGUUGCGUUUUUUCCUAAGAAAAGAAUAUUUUGUAAUUAUUCUUCUAUGUUUAAAAUGUCGUGUUGCCUUAUGAAAAAACGUGGUUGAUGCAAACUAAAAUAUUUAUUUCAUAUUUGAACAACGAGAAAAAUUGGUUAAAUUAAAGAAUGACACUUUUCCAAAUUAAAAAAAAGGUUCCCAAAAUUUGUUACCCUAUUUAAAAUUAGGAACCUAUUUUUCUAUAUCUAUGGUCCUAGACCAUAAUAUCUUCUAUCCAUUUCCAAACAUUACUGUACCAAGUCUUCUUCUAUUUCAGCCGGUAAUACUGGUUUGCGACCCAUUCGUUAUAUUUUAUAAAUAAAUUUUAUCUUCCAAAAAUUAUUAAAAACACUAAUUUUAAAAUAGAAGAGGCUUAAAAUCAAGAACAUUUGGAUACAUUAUUAUAUCAAAAGGUCUAAGUAUAUAAGAAAUUAAAGAAAUAUUAUUAUGAUAUGCUUACAUAUCUGUACAUCAUUUCUAAAUACUCCAAUUCACAUUUUUAUUUAACAGACAAUUUUUUUGAAAAUGGAAUUUUUUCUAUAUCAUCUAUACCUCGGUUUUUCUCACCUUAUUUAUUUCUAUGUAGUAUCGUUAUAACACGGCUUCAAAAAACUAUGAUUUGUGAUAUCUAUGUUACGUCCAAACAUCGAGAACGAUUAUUGAGCGAAAAAAAUAACCGCAAUGCGUUCUGGACGCUACCGAAACACCAGAUACUAAAAUGACAUAAUUUUCCGUUUUGUGUUCUUUCUUUAUGAACUCGACGCUUCCUGGAUGAUUCAGUAAGAUUAUAAGUUAAGUAACAAAUUCAUUAAAAAAAAAUUCCGAAAGGUUCAAAUUGUUGCGCUACUUGAUCAAUCCAUUUAUGGAAACGUUUUCCAACGGAGAGGGAGGUGCGGUGAAGCAUGUCAAGCUGCCCACUAAGAGUUUCAAAUUCUUCUUCAAUUGCAGUUCAGAGGUCGGGAAGGGUGCGUAAUCCUCUUGUAAAAACGUGGUUCUUCAAAAAGCCCCACAAGAAGAAAUAACAGAUCGGUGUAUGAGCUCUCUAAAUCAUCCAGAACGCGUCAAAUCCCUUUUGAAAUUUCUUUUAAUAAAUUCAUUUUCACCUUGCAUCUCUUAAUUCAAAUUUGUUACCUAACUUAUGAUAACGGUAUAUGAGCUUUCUAAAUCAUCCACGACGCGUCGACCCCGUUUGAGCAUUGUUCACAACGCGUUGUGGUCAACAAGAACGGGGAAAAAGCGAAAAAUUAUGUCAUUUCGGUAAUUGGUCUUUCGGCAUCGUUCAGAACGCGUCGCGUUCUUUUUUUUCGCUCAAUGCUCGGGCGUAACAUCUAUUCUGUUUCUUCUUCUUUAACUGGCACCAAGGUCUUUUGAGAACUAAGGCCUUCUCAACAAUCGACUGCCUAUCCUUUCUGUGCCUCCAACGUCGAAACCCUAGCUGGAUAAAGUCCGCUACAACGUCCUCCAACCAACGAAGGUGCGGUCUUCUUCUCAGUCGCCGUCUUCUAGGAACUCCAUACAUAGUUUUGCGCGGGUAUCGAUCAGAAGACAUCCUCUCCACGUGGACCAGUCACCUAUUGACGCGCUCCCUAUUGUGUGCACUAUAUCAACCCUCACAUUCACGCUGUGAUUGAUAGUAAAUUAUAGAAACGUAACUAAAUCAGUGUAAUUAUGAAUAUUGGUGUAAUGUGAAUAUCAUCAACGAUUCCAGAAAUUUCAAUUAGAAUGUGGUGUGUUUUAAUGCUACUCUACUAUGAUAAAGUUGAUACUAAAUCUUCAAAGAAUUUUAUUGAAAAAUUCCUAAACGUUCUAAAAAGUGAUAAUUAUUAACGUUUAUCAGAGUACUUUUAUGUUUGACUUUAUUAAUACUUUGCUCAUUCUUAUUUGACCUGUUUUAUUGGACUUUAUAUUUGUAAUGAAGUUAAAUAGCUUGUUCAUGUAGUUGAAGGUUGUUUCAAUGACUCGAUGAUGAUUCUAUUAGUAAUAACUACCCACUACUAUUUGCUUGUCGGCAUCCACUCUGUAAUGUUAUCGUUUGUGUAUAUAAAUGAUAUAAUUAUUCAUUCUUUUAUGAAAUUAGUAUUCUUUCAACAAUCUUCAAUAAAUUUUUAAAAUUUUCAUUGUAGAAAACGCUUGAAGUGGAUAAAAAAUGAGUAUGAGAUCUCUCCAUAUACUAUCCUAAUGUUUCUGGCGAGGAAAAUAUUGAGAAUUUAUGAAAUUAGUAUUCUUUCAACAAUCUUUGAUAAAUUUUCAAAAGUUUCAUUCUUAUAAUCGCUUAAAGUGGCUAAAAAAUGAGUAUGAGAUCUCUCCAUAUGCUAUCCUAAUGUUUCUGGCGAGGAAAAUAUUGAGAAUUUAUGAAAUUAGUAUUCUUUCAACAAUCUUUGAUAAAUUUUCAAAAUUUUCAUUCUUAUAAUCGCUAAAGUGGCUAAAAAAUGAGUAUGAGAUCCCGCCACAUGUUAUCCUAAGGUUCCUGGCCAGGAAAAUAUUGGGAAUUUAUGAAAUUAGUAUUCUUUCAACAAUCUUCGAUAAAUUUUCAAAAUUUUCAUUGUUAUAAUCGCUUAAAGUCGAUAAAAAAUGAGUAUGAGAUUCCGCCACAUGUUAUCCUGAUGUUCCUGGCAAGGAAAAUAAUGAGAAUUUAUGAAAUUAGUACAUUUUCAUCAGUUCUUGACAAAUUUGGAGAAUUAUAAAUUCAUAUAAUAGCUUAAAGUUGUUGAAAAGCGAGUCUAAAAUUUUAUUUUCAAUUGUACGCUCAUAUUUCGAUAUUUUGUUCAAUAAUGUAACUUUUUCAUCUUGUGAAAAGUUUGCACUUCGCGGUUUCCUUUGCCUUAAAAAGAAUAUAGAUUCAGGAUACUGACGAUAUGAAUCUACGAUUUAAAGAUACAACAAAUGAACGUUUAAGUAUUAGACAUUAAAAUGUAUAACAUACGUUCAAUUUCAAUACAAUCUUCAGUUAAAGUGACAUACGACAUUAAUGUGAGGCAAUUGACGUAAAUAUUCAAAUUGUAGUUCAGUUUUCGACAAUUGACACUAGAGAAAAAGAAAAAGAAAGGUUUACUAAACCCAACUUAAUCAUAGAACAAUCAUCAACAUAACCCCUCCUUAAAUAAUUGGACCGGUUUACAAAAGAUUGGCUUACGUGUUAAUUAAUUAAUGUUUAUAUUUGCCGCGCUAAAAAUUAUCAUUAAUCUUGUCUUUCAAUGACUAAAACCAUAGAAUAUAUAGCUCCUCUGACUGACAGACCGAAGAACUAAACUAGACGCGCAUGUGCAGUUAACAAGUAUUGCCGCUCCGUUUGUACGACGUAGUAGGUUCGGUCAGGGUUCCCAACAUAGUGGUUUCUCCCCCAAAUUUAGAGGUAAAAAUGUGGGAUGAAAUGUUCAAAUAUCGAUAUAUAACAUUGUAAACAAUAAAAUAUGAUGAUAAGAACAACAUAUGAUUAUGGUUCGAUCCACACUGCAACGGAAUAGUGGAUAAUGCCCAACAUUUUAACCAUCCCCAAAAAUUUUGAAGUUAUUCAAUGUCGAUAUGUAUGAUUUAAAAAAAAAUGAUGCUAUCCAAAGGAAAUUAUUUAUUGAUUGUUUUUUUGUGAUAUUUUAUUAUUAUACUGUUAUUUACUAAAAAAUUAUUUAUUUUAUAAAUGAUAAAGGAUUUUAGGGGGAAGUUGUACUAAUUGUGGGGGUUUUUAAUUGGGUAGAUAAAUUUUUGAGAGUUGGGAACACUGCGUUCGGUUUAUGUCACUCUCGCUAUCGCACUAGUGAACAAUGGACAGUUGUGAAGGGAACUAGUUCGAGUAGUUUAUCUAUGGGAGCAUUCUUACAACAUAGUUUGUUCGCGAACUACACAAAACUAGUGUUGUCAUGUACAUAUUCUAUAAUUCUAUGAACAAGCUACAUAACUACAAUACGAAUAUGUUCAUAUCUUAAGGCACUAAUAAUUUACAGAAUGUGUCUAGAUAAAUGUUUUUUCAUAUAUAAAUAUAUAUAUAUUCUAAUUAUAAUAAAUGUAUAAUAAAAGUAUAUAGUUCGAUACCUAUAUUGCAGAAAGUUUUAAAAUAAAAAUAAAAUUUGCGAGUUGCAGUUUUCUGAUAAAAUUCUAACUCAAAAUUAAAUAAUUUUAAUUUAAAACUUAUUGUAUACUAAAGACUGUCCAAUUUUAUAAUACAAUAUUUUUCAUCUUAAUUAUUUAAAAUUUAUGGUACAUUUUACCUAAUGCAAUUAACAGUAAGUUAUGAUUUGUGAAAUAUUGUAUCAAUAAUACUAGUUUGAAAAACGGUAUUGUGACUGAAACUUGAAAUUUCUUUUAUGUUUCAGUCAAACAGUGUAUUGAAAAAUAGAAUUUAGGUUAAGUAACCGUCAUCCUAUGAGACUAUAUGGUUCCUGUAGAACUGCUUACUGCAAAUAAUGAUAAUAUAUUAGGGCAUGGCCAUCUAAAAUCGAUUAAUUGAUUACUCGAACCAAAAAAAUCGAUAUAUCGUACUGAAUAGAUUCAGUGAAUCGAUAUAUCACCUCUGAAAAUCGACCAUCAAUGGCAUGAUGAUUACUAUACAAUGGAACCUGAUAAUGGAAAUAUGGAAACUAUUUUUUUUAUAUUUUGUAUCAAUAUCUAAUAAAACGAGUGCCAAAUGGUAUGUUGGAAAAAUUUUUACAAAUUGUAACUGAAGUGUUAAUUACGUUAUAUAAUUUUGCCGUUAGUGAACCCCCUAAUUAUUGAGAGUGAUUUAAUUUAAAAAAUUAUGUUGCUAAAGUAUCAUGUGACUAUUUAUAAAAUUAAGUAGUAUUGUAAAUAUUGUAUUUUAUUUCUUAAUACAUGAAAUGCUUUUUAAAAUAAA